CUCACACACGGGAAGAGCUGUCUUCUCACAGAGGAUUUUCAAAGUCUGCUUACAAAGCUCUUAGGAGCUCAAAACCACCAGUAAAGCUGUAUAAGCACCGGGUUGAUGGGUCGGAAGGAACUGGCGCAUCGUAUGGGGAGCUGCCUCCCGAACUCGCCAUGAGCUACAAACCCAUUGCUCCGGCGCCCUCUGGAUCCAACCUCACACCUCCAGGCUCCUCGGUGCCCUCCCCUUCCCUGCCCUCGUCAUCCAACUUCAGGCCGGCUUUUAGUGACUUUGGCCCCCCCUCCAUGGGCUUUGUUCAGCCUGUCAAAGUGUCUCAAGGGUCCACAUACAGUGAGCUUCUGUCCGUCAUCGAGGAGAUGAGCCGUGAGAUCAGGCCUACCUACGCUGGGAGCAAGAGUGCUAUGGAGAGGCUAAAGAGAGGUAUUAUCCACGCCCGAGCUCUGGUCAGGGAGUGUCUUGCAGAGACGGAGAGAAGCGCCCGCCACAUAACCUUUUUGAAAGCUCCCUUCACUCCUCACUCUUUCCCGUAGAAGCCUGUCCUCAAGAUCCCCAACGUCUGUUUUACAACUUGUUUCCAUCCUCUGCUUUUUUGCUCUUUCCUCUGCGGCUUUUUAUAGUUGCAUUAUGUCCUUCUUGUCUCCACUGUUCCCUGCAUUCCACAAUACCAUUUAUGUUUAUCACAAACGUUCUGUGAACUGUAGGGUGUAUGCAAAAUGCAGGUUUGUAUCUAUUUUAAAUAGAAUUGUGGGGAAUUUAAACGCAUUACUAAGUUGAGCCCUUGGUAAAAACCUUAGUAAGAUCGAUUGGAAUGUUUUAAAGUUUUAUUUAUUCAAUAAUGGCUAUUGACCAAGACAGAUGGGUUAGUUUUAAUGGUGGAAUCAAAGUUCCAGCUGCACCCCGUCUCAAGUUUCUAUGCUGACCGUCACUCUGCAACCACUGAAUAUGUUUUGUUAAUCUGAGCAUCCUGAAUAUACCCCAUUUCCAUCCACAUUGCAUUGUUUUUUUGUAGUGUAAACACACAUUAGAUGUUUUUCAAUCCCAAGAACGCUGUACAUCUCAAGUCAAUUUGUUAGUAUGGAAAUUUUGUAAACCAGAUUUUUGCAGUUCUGUAUGUAUAUCUUAAUUAAAUAACUGAAAAAAACCACCUUCAGUUUCUUUUUAAUUUGUGAACCAUAAUUAAUAAGAAUGAGUGGGUCGUUUUUUGUUUUGGUUACACUGAUGUAUUGUGCAGACAGCAAGACAUCUUCAAAUAAUUUGAGUGAAGUCCUUCAGGGCAUUGAGCAAUGAAUACUCCAUUAAUGAAAGCAACAAUGUGUGAGAGCUCCGAAAACUUUUAAAUUUUGUGCUAAUGUUUUUAACAAUUUCUCUAAAUAUUUUGAACAUCUUUAACUGCAGAAAAUGCUUGAACACUAAGAGGAUACUAAACAAGCACUAUUUUCCAAAUCAUGUGGCACAAAUAUAAUAAAGAAAAUGCAGAGCCAUAGAUAAACUCACAUUUUUUGUUACAUAAUAACCAUCUCACUAAAAUCUCACUUCAGAUUUCAGAUGCCAUUAGUGCUUCACAUGAAGAGUAAAGUGGCUCUAUUAAAGCAAGUAAAGGAGCAGGUGAGGGGAGAGUGGAUAUUGACAAAAAAA